AUGAGCACAGACGCGUCUGCCCCGGAGGAGGACACAGUUAUGUCCACCAUUGAAAAGAAGAUAACUUCUGAGUUGAAGCCCGUGAAGCUUGAGGUCAUUCCAGCUUACGGCGAUCCCAACGGCAGCCACGUGACCAUUAACGUGGUUUCACAAGCCUUCGAGGGCAAGCGAGCGGUCCAGCGACAGCAGAUGGUGUACAAGGUCAUCUGGGAGGAGAUGCAGGGAGCCAUUCACGCUGUUGAUCAGAUGAAAUGCCAAACCCCGGCUGAGGCUGGGAUGUAA